CGGGCACGCGUUCUCUUCCUCCAUAAACGUGACCACGGGCACGCGUUUUCCAUAAGAGAAAGGAAAGAAAGCCUCCAUCUUCGAUCCAGAAUCUCUCUCUCUCUCUCUCUCUCUCUCUCUCCCCCCAUCGCCGGCUGCAGAUCUGUGUUUCAACCAUGACUACCUCAAGGCGGCUUGCAGAUCGGAAGGUGGAGAGAUUUGAGAAGAACAUCAAGAAGAGAGGCGCGGUGCCUGAAACAACAACAAAGAAAGCAAGUUCUUAUCCAGUGGGUCCUGUUGUGCUUGGUUUCUUCGUAUUUGUUGUCAUUGGAUCCUCUCUGUUUCAGAUAAUCCGGACGGCAACUAGUGGAGGCAUGGCUUGAAUAAGGAGUUUACUCUUUGAGAGCUUUGUUCAAUCUCUUGUUUUGUGUGGAAUCAACUCUUUUGUCUUGUGUAGCAAGAGAUCAUGUAAUGCUAUGCAGUAUGCACAUUGUUUCUUUUUUACAGAAGCAAGAUGACUUAACUUCCUGCUGAUCUA